UAACUUGUCAGUAUCGCAACGUUCUGAUGUAUCCCCUCUUUACACGCUCUCUCUGUUGACCUUCACUUAAUUGUGUCAGUACAAGUUUUAAAGUUGUGCAGGUUCAGGAAGCUGAACUAACAGUCUGAGGUAGACCACACGGGAAAGUGGCCACCUGCCUGCGUGUGCGAAUUAGUGACUAUUUAGACUAACUUUAUGUAAUCUACAGUACUUCUGUCUGCUUGUGAAUACAAAAUAGCAGUGUGCAUAUGUGCAGGUGCUUUUUCCAUAUAGGACGCAACAGUGUAAACUUCCAAGUACCGCGACGGUACUUUAAAACAAUAUUAGAAAGACACAUAAAGCGUCAGAAUAUUGGACUUAAAAAUCUUUUCGUUAUUUUAGCAUCUCUAACGGAUUUAUUCACUGAACUUCAACACUGAUAUUUUAAAUUUCAAGAAUUCCCUCAGAACUUCAGCAUGACAAGAUGAUUACAGACGUCACGUUUUAGAAUAAUUGACGAAGAUCAACGGAUCUCUGAAAUUAUACCUGAAGGUAUACCAGGGAAAAUUGUGCUCAUACACGACUUAGUCAGAGAAGUGAUACUUUUUACAGAAUAUCGAAUAAUUAUACAAAUAAAAUACAACUGAAUUCCAAAAUGAAGAAUUCAUUUCAAAGCAGGGACGGAAUGGAACUUGGUAAUGUGAAUCAAGCGUAUGAAAAUGAUUUGGGUCAACGCGAGGCACAACAUAAAUUUUCUUUAUCAACAGCAGUGCCUACAAUAUCUGCACAAACCGAAAAAGGGAAUCUGGGUGAGGUAGAAAAUGUCACGGAUAAUCAAGACAGUCCAGCACGUCAACAAUGGACAAAUGGAGUUGAAUUCCUCAUGUCAUGCAUUGCCAUGUCAGUUGGAUUGGGCAAUGUUUGGAGAUUCCCCUUCACAGCUUUUAAAAAUGGAGGGGGAGCAUUUCUCAUACCCUACAUUGUCGUGCUCUUCCUCAUCGGCAAGCCGAUAUACUACAUGGAAAUGGCCGUGGGUCAAUUUGUGUCUGGGGGACCUGUCAAGGCUUGGGCAGUUUCACCAGCACUGAAAGGUCUUGGCUUUGGACAGAUGUUUUGCACAGUUCUGGUCCUCACAUACUACUGCUCAUUAAUGGCUUUGACAGUCUUUUACUUCUUCCAAUCAUUUGCUGCUGAUCUCCCAUGGUCGACUUGUGAUAGAGACUGGGAUAUGUGCAGUGACUCCAAAAAGACAGAAGGCAAUAAUAGUAUAGUAGCAGAUGUCACAAACUACAAGAGUUCUUCUGAAUUAUAUUUUUACAAGUUCGUGUUAAAUGAGACAGACUCCAUAGAGGAUGGUGUUGGUACACCAGACUGGCGUCUCACUCUUUGUCUGCUCUUUUCCUGGGUAACCAUCUUUUUGGUUAUUGUACGAGGUGUGAAAAGCUCAGGAAAGGCAGCCUAUUUCUUAGCUUUGUUUCCUUAUGUGGUGAUGAUUACUCUACUUAUCCGUGGUGCUACACUACCUGGCGCUGUCGAUGGUAUUCUAUUCUUCAUUACUCCCCAGUGGGACAAGUUGUUGGAUCCCAUAGUAUGGUACAGUGCUGUGACCCAGGCUUUCUUCUCUCUUGGAAUCUGCUUUGGAGCUAUUGUAAUGUAUUCAUCUUAUAAUGACUUCCACCAUAAUGUCUACAGGGAUGCCAUGAUUGUAACAACAUUAGAUACAUUCACUAGUCUGCUUGCUGGUUGCACAAUAUUUUCCAUCUUGGGAAACCUGAUGCAUGAACUCAAAAUUACAAAUAUAGAGAAAGUUGUGCAAGGUGGGACUGGACUAGCGUUUGUUUCAUACCCUGAUGCUAUUGCCAAAUUUGACAUUGUGCCUCAGUUUUUCUCAGUGGUGUUCUUCCUAAUGCUGUAUACACUAGGGAUUGGUAGUGCUGUGGCCCUUGCAGCAGCAGUCAUCACCAUUAUCUGUGACCAGUUCCCUCAGUUCAGAUACUGGAUGGUGACAUUAGUAAUCUGUACUGCUGGUUUUCUUGUUGGGCUUGUCUACAUCACACCAGGUGGUCAGUACAUUUUGACACUGGUAGAUUUCUAUGGUGUCAAUUUUACGGUUUUCAUCCUGGGAACAAUUGAAGUGAUUGGAAUUGCAUGGAUUUAUGGUGUGGAUAAUUUCUGUAAUGAUAUAGAGUUCAUGGUAGGUAAGAAACUUAGCGCCUACUGGAGACUCUGUUGGGGGAUAAUUACACCUGUUCUGAUGAUUGUCAUCCUUUUGUAUUCAAUAGUUACCAUGAAACCAGAAACUUAUCAAGAUAAACCUUUCCCAUCAUCUGCCUAUGCUGCUGGUUGGAUUCUUUUUGGAUUUGGAGUGAUCCAGUUCCCAAUAUGGGCACUGUUUGCUGUAAUUAAGAGAAGAGAGGCAAUAAAGUCUGCAUUUCAGCCUUCGGAAAUGUGGCGUCCACAGAAUUCUAAGACCUACGAAGAGUGGAAGGAUUUUAAAGAGAAGAAGAGGAGAGAACUGGAAAUUAUUUCAGUAGAUGAAUCACUAUGGCAGAAGUUUGUUCGGGUUUACUUUGAUUAUUCACCAGCAAGAAACAGACUAGAAACAUAUUAGCCACAUGAAAUCUAGUUCUCAGAGUGCCAUACACUCAACAGUGGUUGUAAAAUGUACAUAAUAUUUGCAUAAAUUAUUUUUCUAUUGCCACGUGUCACAGUGACUAAAGACGGGGCUCGGAU